CGACGACCAACACCAUUCAUUGGAUUUGAUGAUAUAAUCCGCCCGUACCCACCAAUCCACAGAGAGCUCAUCAACUUUCCACAAAUUAUACAGCGUGUCGACCGGGAGGAUGUCAAUCUAGUUUAUGAUGAUGAUCCAUUUGCAUUUAUGACACGCAAGGGCCGAGUUUCACCUGAAACUCAAGUUGUUGAAAUUUCAUCAAAGGUUUCCACAAUAGUUCAAUUUCGGGCCAUAGACUAUGGUAUGGAGCAUUGUGAGCUUUGUAUUAAUUACCCUGCA